UAGGCCAAAUUAGUAAUUUCACAUCUUCAUAGUUCAUACACUAGCCCACAAUCUUUUUGUAUAAAUUCCCAUACAUCCCCUCUAAACCAUGCAACCUCUUUCUAACUUGUACUUUUCUAAGUUGUAACUCGUGUUUUAACACUUGUACAAUCUUAAAGAAAAUGGAACACUCCCCUUUGUCUAUCCACCGGCGGUUGCAAAUCAUUAUUUUUUCGCUCCUUUCGUUCGCCUUCCUCCUCCACGCCACCCACCCGAUCGCCGCCGCAUUUCUUCGCUUCCUCACCGCCCACCUCCUCUUAACCGCGGUCACCACCCUGACCGCGGUUAUCCUCCUCAUCCUCCACCUCGGGUCCCGCCCCCACCCGGUCCUCCUCCUCAACUACUCGUGCUUCCAACCGCCACCGAACCGCAAAUGCACAUACGAACUCGCUAACAACUUUCUCCUCCAUGGUGCCCGAUUCACCACGGAGGAGCCGAUUAACUUCAUGAGAAAUAUCUACUUCAAAUCCGGGUUGGGAGACGAAACAUAUGCGCCGCCUUUUAUGUUCGAAAAGGAUCAAAUUCCCACGUUGAAAAACGCGGUACAAGAGGCGGAGGAAGGGAUAUUCUCCGCCGUAGAUUCCCUACUGGCGAAAACUAAGUUUUCGCCAGAGGAAAUCGACGUGGUUAUUGUUACUUGUGGGAGUUUUUCACCGUCACCUUCGCUUUCGGCUCUUGUUGUGAACCGGUAUAAGUUAAGGCCCGAUGUUAAAACGUAUAAUCUUAGUGGAAUGGGGUGUAGCUCCGGUGUGCUUUCUAUUGAUUUAGCUUACCGGAUAUUACGCGGUGGUGGCCGGAAAAUUCAGAAUGCUCUUGUUGUUAUAACGGAGAGUAUUACGUUGAACUGGUACGACGGUGAAGAAAGAUCGAUGCUUGUAACAAAUUGCAUCUUUCGGGUUGGUUGUGCGGCCGCAAUGAUCACCAACGACCCAUCGCGCCGGACCUCAGCUAAAAUGGAGCUUAUUCAUACUCUUAGAACCCACCACGGGGCGAGCGACUCAUCCUAUCGUGCCGCUUUCCAAGAGGAAGACGGGAAAGGAAUAACCGGGGUUUCACUAACCAAGGAUUUAAUAAGAGUAGCGGGCCUAAACCUUCGGCAACACAUAAAGAUCCUUGCCCCGCGAGUCCUGCCACUGAGUCAACUCGUGCGCUAUGUUUACUCCGUGUUGACAAUGGCUAUGUCGGGUGGACAAUUAAAACCGACCGUGCCUGACUUCACUACGGCUUUCAAGCAUAUAUGUGUGCACACGGGUGGGAAGGCGGUGAUCGAGCAAGUGGGGCGAGUUUUGAAAUUUGUUGACUCGGUGACCGAACCGGCCCGAAUGACUUUGAACCGGUUCGGGAAUACAUCAAGUAGUCUAGUGUUUUACGAAUUGAGUUAUUUUGAAGCAAAGGGCAGGAUAAAAAAGGGUGAUAAAAUGUGGAUGAUUGCUUUCGGAACCGGGUUCAAAGUAUGUAGCUUAGUGUGGAAAUGCAUAAGAGACCCGGAACCCGAAUCCGAUAACCCAUGGAAUGAUUCAAUACAUAAAUACCCAUUGAAAGUAUGGUAAUAAAAUUUGUUUUUCAAAAAGAAA